AUGUCCAAGUGCACCGCUCCCGAUGAAAAGCACAUCACUAUUCAAGCCCCACCAAACAGUAAUUCUUUAAAUUAUAACUGUGGGUCGCUCCGUGUGCGACUUGCGCUUGAAAGUGAGGCGUCUGGCGCCGAGAAACCCUGCAAGACGCCGCGGAUAGAGAGCAUCAUCUCGCUACCUACGGUGGCCGAGAUCGCCCUCCGGCGCAAGACUCGCCCAACGCCACUACACUUCACCUCGGCCAAACGGAGAAGAGUCGGCGUUCAUCCGCCUCCAACAUCAGGCGCUCGGUCGCCUCCAUCUACGGGCGCUCGGUCGCCUCCAGCUACAGGCGCUCGGUUGCCUCCAGGCUCGAAAGCUCGGUCGCCUCCAGCUACAGGCGCUCGGUCGCCUCCAGGCUCGAAAGCUCGAUCGCCUCCAGCUACAGGCGCUCGGCCGCCUCCAACAACCGGCGCUCAGUCGCCUCCAGCCACCGGCGCUCGGUCGUCGAUUAAUCUGGGCACGGUGGACCUGACCCUCGGCGCCAGUCCACCAUCCGCCAAGGACAAACCAUCGGCUCCAGGAGCCCUGCUACCCAGGAAGAAAAGGAGCAAGGACCGACUUCAGGCUUUAUUCGGCGCUAGCCCGCCAAAACCAAUUACCGGGCAUUCCGGCUCGAAAGCCAAGAGGGACCGACCAAUCACGCCGGACAUCAAACGACCGCGGAGUAUCACGCCUCCGAUUCCGUGGUAUCCUCCGCCGCUUGUCUCGCCUCUACGACGAACGCCCAUUAAACGGGAUAGUACCACGCAGACGAGCCCCCGCAAAACCGGCAUCGACGCAGCGACGCAAACCAAGCGACGAAGUGGAAGAGCACGUAAAGUGCUAGUAAACAACAACUACCAAACGCUUAAUCGCAAUUGUAAUAAAGAAAAUCGUUGGCACAAAUGUAAGACAGGAAUGGAGAGAACAGGAUAA